AUGUCAGUUCCACUUCAUGAGCGCGGUCUUUUGGGCGCGCUUGCAGUUGCAAAGCUUAGCGACGCGACGACCCGGGUUAAGGACCUGAAUGGUUUCACAUUGGCAAUCGCCGGCUCAGUGCUCCUUAUCUUUAUUCUCGAUCGUCUCCUGGUGCCGUCCCAUGAUCCGCGCGAGCCUCCCUUGGCCAGCACUAACAUACCGCUCAUCGGACAUAUUAUCGGGUUCGCUCGGAACAGUUUCACCUAUUACAGUAUGCUCAAUGAAAAGCUUUGUAAACCCAUCUUCACCAUUCUCAUGCCCGGCCGCCGCAUUUAUGUCAUCACCAAACCCGAGCUCGUGGUGCAGGUGGACAAAAAGCACAAGUACUUCUCUUUCGGGCCUGUGGUGCGUGACUUCAGCAGAGACACUUUUGGCCUCGGAAAAGAGGCCACGGAAAUACUCGCUCAGAACAUGUAUGGCGAGCAUGGCAGCUGGGGUCUCUGCGAAGAGAUGGUAGCUGGAAUGCGUGAGGCCCUGAAGCCGGGUGACGACCUGGACAGGAUGAACCGCAUCAUGGCGGAAGAAGUCAGCCGUUCGCUAGACGAGACCAAGCCGGACCCUGGCUCCGAGUUCCGAGUCAUCAAGCUGGCCGAGUGGGUUUCCCACGUGGUGACCCUUGCGACCACAAAGUCCGUCUAUGGCACCCACAAUCCUUUUGUAAGAAAAGAUGUGAGGGAUGCCUUUUGGAUCUUUGAAGACCACGUCAUUUCGCUGCUCGUCCACCCAUUCCCUCAGUACGCCUGCAAAAAAGCCAUCAAGGCCCGCCAGUACGUCACGGACGCCCUUGCCCACUACUAUAUAAACGGCCAUCAAAAAGAAGGAUCGGCGUUGGCGCGUGCCCGAUUCGAUUAUUCUGUCAGGAACAACGUGCCCGUGGAAGACAUUGCCCGCUUCGAGCUUGGCGGGACCAUUGCAAUCCUGGUCAACACCCUUCCUUCCUGCUACUGGAUGCUCCUGCUGAUCCACCUCUACCCGGAACUGCACAGAGAGCUCCAGAAAGAGGUGGAUGCGGCCUUGCUGAUCGAUGAGGAGAAGAGCCAUAUCACCAUUGACAUCACCUCUGUCAAGAACAAUUGCCCUCUGCUCCUCUCGACAUUCAAAGAAAGUCUCCGCUACCGUGGCAUGGGUACGGCCCUGCGCAUAGUGACCAAGGACAUUGAGCUCGGCGGCUAUUUGCUAAAGAAGGACUCGAUGGUGCAAAUCCCCCUCCAGGUUAUCCACUCAGACACGGGUAACUGGGGUAACGAUCCCUUGUCCUUUGAUCCCUACCGCUUCCUCAAGGCCCCAGGCAAGAAGCUGCCUGACGACAGCGGCUACCGAAGCUUUGGGGGCGGGAAGCACCUCUGCCCCGGAAGGUUCUUCGCCACCAACGAGAUCCUCGCUGUUAUCAGUCUCUUCAUCUCCCGCUAUGUGAUGCGACCCAAGGGCGGCGGCGACUGGAUCCUUCCCACGACCAAGAACAGCAAUGCCGCUAGGCAGAUUUUGCAGCCAGACUUUGACAUGGAAGUGGAGGUGAGAAACAGGCCUGGUUUCGAAAAAUACACGUGGAAAGUUGAACUUCACAAAUCCGACAAGGUCAUCAGUGUGCUUACUGGUGAUACAAGGGGCGCCUGA